GCCUCCUCCUCCCAGGCUCCCGCGGCUUGGCGUCCCUGGCCCCGCGCCCUCAUCACUCUUCCCUCGGACACGCGGGCGCGUCUUUCCCCAGCCCCACUCCCGCUCUGAGGGGGCGCCCAUGAUUUUGCACAGCCUGGGGAAAGUCCCCGGGUCACGCGGGCGUGUGGGACGCCUGUAACGCUCAGGCUCGCCCCCACGCUUCCGCCUACAGAGUCACGACUGGGGACUGUGGCGGAGGCGCCGAGCGCGGGCCGACCCCCUCCUGGCCACUGGAGCGGGCGGGCGGGCGAGCUGGCACGUAAGCACGCACGCACACUCCGGCCCCGGCGCCCCUCGUUCGCGGCUACCCGGCGCGGGGUCACGUGGGCCCGUCACGGGGCGGCCGGCGCGGGAAGCCGCGCGAGAACGGCCCAUGGGGUGCGUGAGCCGGCGCCGCCGCGUGACGUUGGCGGCGCGGGAGCGGCCCCUCCCGCAUGGAGGAGCCCGCUGGCCGCCGCGGCGGCGUCUGGAUGAGGACACCGGCCUAAAGGGCAAGCGUGCCGCUUGAUCGCGGUCCUGCACCUCUGGAGUAAGUGGACGCGAGGGCUCCGGACACCUUGGUCAUUGUUCUCGCUGCCACACCAGGAGUGCAGUGCCAGCGUAAUCCACUCAUAGAGACUAUCUGUCAGAGAGCCACAAUGGACACAGCUAGCCAUAGCCUUGUCCUUCUGCAGCAGCUGAACAUGCAACGAGAAUUUGGUUUUCUGUGUGAUUGCACAGUUGCUAUUGGAGAUGUUUACUUCAAAGCCCACAGAGCAGUGCUUGCUGCUUUUUCUAACUAUUUCAAGAUGAUAUUUAUUCACCAAACAAGUGAAUGCAUAAAAAUACAACCAACUGACAUCCAGCCUGACAUAUUCAGCUAUUUGUUGCACAUUAUGUACACGGGGAAAGGACCAAAACAGAUUGUGGAUCAUAGUCGUUUGGAGGAAGGGAUUCGCUUUCUUCAUGCCGACUACCUUUCUCACAUUGCAACUGAAAUGAAUCAAGUGUUCUCACCAGAGACUGUGCAGUCCUCAAAUUUGUAUGGCAUUCAAAUCUCAACCACCCAAAAAACAGCUGUCAAAGAAGGGCUGGAGGUCAAAGAAACGCCUCCCAAUAACAAUGGGAACAGAGCUGCUGUCCAGGGUGACCACCCCCAGUUGCAGCUUUCUCUUGCUAUUGGGCUGGAUGAUGGCACUGACCAGCAGAAGGUCCAUCCUGCAGCCCAGGCCUUGGAGGAACACCAGAAGCCUCCAGUGUCCAUCAAGCAGGAGAGAUGCGACUCAGAGUCUGUGAUCUCCCAGAGCCACUCCUCAUCCUCAUCCGAGAUGACAGGCCCCACGUUCACCGAAAGUAGCAUCAAAAUUCACUUAUGCCAUUACUGUGGAGAACGUUUUGAUUCUCGUGGUAACCUAAGACAACAUCUCCAUACCCAUGUGUCUGGAUCUCUCCCAUUUGGCGUCCCUGCUUCCAUUCUGGAAAGUAAUGACCUUGGUGAAGUGCACCCACUUAAUGAAAAUAGCGAAGCUCUUGAAUGCCGCAGGCUCAGCUCCUUCAUUGUCAAGGAAAAUGAGCAACAGCCUGACCACUCAAACCGGGGUACCACAGAGCCUUUGCAGAUCAGUCAAGUGUCUUUGAUCUCCAAAGACACAGAGCCAGUAGAAUUAAACUGUAAUUUUUCUUUUUCAAGGAAAAGAAAAAUCAGUUGUACCAUCUGUGGUCAUAAAUUUCUCCGAAAGAGCCAAUUGCUGGAACACAUGUAUACACACAAAGCCAUGGAUCUGAAGAAAGUAAGUGCGAAGGACAGUGCUGAGAAGAAGAAGCGGAUGAUGUGCAUUGAAUUAAAGAAAGAAAUUAUCAAAAAACAUGACCAAGGUGUGCGUGUGAUCGACUUGGCGAAGCAGUACGAGCGUAGCACGUCCACGAUCUGCACCAUACUGAAGCAGAAGGAGUUGAUACAGGCUACAACUCCAGCCAAGGGCGUUAAAAUAAUUUCUAAACAGCGCACAUCUAUCCAUGAAAAUAUGGAGAAGCUGCUAAUGGUGUGGCUAACGGAGAAGCAGCUCGCAGGAGAUACCGUGACGAAGGCUAUAAUCUGCGAGAAGGCACGAGCUAUUUACGCUGAUUUGCUGCAGCAGACCCCAGGCACUUCAGUGGAUGAAGCAUCGAGCGAGCCGUUUAAAGCCAGUCGGGGCUGGUUCGAAAAUUUUAAAAAGAGGACCGGCAUUCACUCCGUUGUCAGACAUGGUGAGGCAGCGAGCGCGGAUAUAAAGGAAGGUGACAUCAACGAGCUCAUCGAGGAGCACUCCAAGGAACUGACAACACAGGAGCUAAAGGAGCUACAGACGCAGCAGCACACGGAGGUUUUGCAGGAAAUAGAUGACACGGAGGAAGAGGAGGAGGUUAUCUCUGUAAGUGAGAUAAAGGAAAUGUUGGGAAUGUGGGAGAAACUUUCAGAUUUUAUUCAAAAGAAACACCUAGAAAAAAUUGCAACUGGAUGUGCGAUGGAGCUAUUUAAUGACACUUGCCUAACUCAUUUCAGAAAUAUUCUGAAAGGGAGGAUGAAACAGAUCUCAUUGGACAGGUUUUUAUCGAAAACUGUAGAUGAAAGUGAUGAAAGCGUGGCGAAAAGGGCAAAAAUCAGCAAAUAAGAUUCAGUUAUUCAGUUCAGCCUUUCUCCUCCAACUCCAUCAGCAUCUUUAAGUCGUUUGAUCUCCAGGGUAAAUGCUAUACAUUAAACUCAAUAAAACAAGUUUAUUGCACUACAUUCUAUUUUUCAGUAUUGUGUUUUUAUACAGUACAGUGGGGCCUUGACUUACGAGUUUAAUUAGUUCCGAGACCAAGCUCGUUAAGGAGCUCGUUAACUCAAAUUACUCCAUCAACUCAAUGCAAAAAAUCUGUCGAAAGACAGCUGGUAUCUCAAAAAACUCAUUAGUCGGGACACUCGUAAGUCAAGGCCCCACUGUAUUCAUUAUUUUUUUAAAAAAAUAUGUUUUAUUGAUUUUCUACAGAGAGGAAGGGAGAGGGAUAGAAAGUUAGAAACAUCAAUGAAAGAGAAACACCGAUCAGCCGCCCUCUGCACGCCCCCCACUGGGGAUGUGCCCGCAACCAAGGUACAUGCCCUCGACCGGAAUCGAACCCAGGACCCUUGAGUCCGCAGGCCGACGCUCUAUCCACAGAGCCAAACCGGUUCUGGCUGUAUUCGUUAUUUUUAAAUACAUUUUUCUUAUUUAAAAACAUUUAACAAAACAAUUGUGGUGUUUUUUGGGUAUCCGGAAUGGAUUAAUGGCAUUUCAAUUCAUUAUAAUGGUGAAAAUUGAUUUGACAUACGAGUAAUUUGAGUUACGAGCUCCGUCACGGAACGAAUUAAACUCGUAAGUCAAGGCCCCACUGUAUUUUAGGCUAUUUAGGAUAUAUUCCUUAGCCAUCUUCAAGUAAAAUUUUAUUUUUUUUCUCAUUUUUAUUGUUUCUCAUACAUUUUCUGACUUUUCUCUGUUCUUUACUACUUCCUCAGUCAUUGGUCCUUGACACAAAAAGUUUGUAUCUAAAGGAUGUGAUUAGGGGUGCAUAUAAGUUGUGGGGUAGGGCAGUAGUUCAGGGCAAGGUCUGGAGAAAUGGUAAGAGUUUAUUUGGGGUUGAUUGGCCAUGAUAGACAAAUUUAAAGCAGAAACAUAGCUACAUUUGUGGGGGUUGAGAAAAUAGUGGUUAACUGUAUUUUUAUUCUUAUUCACAUAGUUCUUUUAUUAUUAGGACUUCAAAGCAAAUGUUCUUUCCUUAGUCUUCAUUCUAUUCUCUGAUUUAGGAAGUGGAAAAAUAUUAACUCCAUUUUAUAGAAAAAAAUCUCCAAAGCUGGGUUCUGGAGAACCAGUAAAUAGUAGUGUGGGAACUGACCCACUUAAUUUGUUUUCAUUUGUUCAACAGGCAUAUUUUUAAAAUAACUGGUAUGACUAACAUUGUGUCCUGAGUGUAAUUUUUAAAGAUAUGAUUUCUCACUUAGAAGAUUUACUUUGUAUAAAAAAAGUUCUUCCAGCUAAACCCUUUAAUGUUGACUAAUCAUCUGUAAAAUGUAGCUAAUAAUUUUAGCCAUACAUAAUGGUUUGCAUCAUUAUUACCAAACUAAAAACUGGAAAUGCUAUAUGCACCUUAAUCAGUGUAUCAGACAAAUAUUAAACAGACAUUUUCCUCUUGGAUUAGGUUAGAAUUUUUCCCUCUUUUCCAGAUUCUACACAUAGUUACUUCCUGGAGAAAAACAGUCUAUUUUAAUAAUUGUCCUUAUUAGCAUAUUAUAAGAACUCACUAUCUGAUAAGUGCAGUCUGACUCAUAAGAAAACCAGAAUUUCUUGAUUUAUAUUGUAUCUUUUGAGAUUAUUAUUUCUUGCUCUGAUUUUCUGUUUGUAAAAUAGGUAUAAGCUAUCCCUACCUCACAGGGGUAUUGUGAGGAUUUGUAUUAAAACUGUGUUAAGCUCUUCUUAUUAUUGAUAAAAACCAGUCAUAUAAAGAAAACUAUAUGUAUUCUAUUAGUAUAGCUGAAUCUGUUAACUUCAAUAUUCCAACCCAUACAUUCUAGAACAUCUUAGAAGCAGUCAUGUACUAUUCAAUACUCAAUAAUUGACAGUAUUCCUAUUUUUACUUUUUACAAAUACUCUAGAAACAACAGUGUUGCCAGAAUUCCUAUUCUACUAUAGCUUAAUCAUUAGUAUUUUUCUUUAGACUUUUCCAAGAAGGUUAUUAGUUCUUUUCAUUUUGGGGAAUAAAACCUUAUCAAUUUCAGCUUUAUUGAAAGUUUUCCCAAACAUAUUGUUUAUACCUAGGGAAAAAAAAGAAAAUAGUGAAAAUAUUUUUAUUUCUUUGAUGUAAGUCAUUUAAAAAGUAGAUGGGGACAAGAAAUGGAGUGGUGAUUAUAACAGUAAUUCAUUAUGUUCUAUUAAAAUAGUAUUGGAAAGGCUUCAUUUAAACAGAAGGAAACACAUAUAAAUCAUGGAAAAAGAAUCUGGAAAUGUAUAAUUCCACUAAUGUUGAUUUGCACAGGCAUAUAUAGUCUUGAUGGUGUAACUGAUUUUUUGUAGUAAUUGAAGGAAGAGUAGGCCAAGUGGCGAGUUUUCAUAAUAUAAUCUGUGACUUGGUAUAUUUUAAAUUAAGUGUAGUUCUGUGGCAUUUUAUUAUAAUUAACUUUUACAUUCCUAGAGUGAAAUCUGUAAAUGAGUAUUCUCUGCUGUACUUCUGUGUUUGUAUGGCUGGACUUUUUGAAAACUGGUGAGAUUACACAGUCCCAAACCUGGAUGUCUUAAAUACAAGGAAUCACACACUAUGAUUGUUGUCUUCAAGACCUUGAAGAAUCCACUGUGCUUCAGGAUGUAUUUGUGCACUUGAUUACUUAGUAGAUAUUGCCCCAGUGCAGUUCACAUUAACUGUCAUCAGCUCUUCUAUUUUGUGCCAAAUAAAAUCAUUAGAUUAGAUCAGAUAUCAACUUAAAUACUUUCACAGAAACUUGGAUUUCAAAAACUUAUACAAGAAACAAGGCCUACAGAAGAAAUCUUCAAAUAUAGGUAACACAUAGCAAGAUACAGGAGCCUGAAAUCAAUAAUACAUUGUAUGCACUGUGAGUUUGCUUCAGAAACAUUCUUUUAGAAAGUUUUGUAUAGAAGAAAAACAGUGGAUUUGAUGUAUUUUAUCAUGACAAAUAAAUUAAUGUGACUUGAUCAUAAACAUAA